UUCCUGGAGGAAGAGGAGAAACAACUGACUAGUUGACCACCCCCAGGACGGAGCUAGGACUUGGGGAGUCUGGUCUUCAGAAGGUCGAGAAUGGCUAGCCGGACAGGGGCCAGCAUGGGACCCUGGGCUGAGGGGGAGUGGGGAGGGUCCCCCAGGAAGACCCCCGUGUUGCCCACCCCACUCCAGGGCAGGGGAGCGGGCCACUGUGGCCCGUGCAGCUUACCUCGACCUUUCGCUUUCUGGAGGACAAAGCCAGGCCCAGCCGGAGCUGUCCUUGUGUGUGAGGUGGGCGAGGGAGCUGAAACUCCUGAAAAAGGAUAGGGUGGAUCUGCAGGGCUGACUGUCAGGUAAACACACGCCUGCUGUCUCUCCACUCUGGGUGGAAGGCCUCGGUCUGAAGGGAGCUUCCUUCAACAUAUAUUCGCUCCUGAUGUUCAUGCCUUACACAGAAUUUUGCAAAACUUUUGAUCGUGACCGAUAGUUUGUUCCCCACCCUCAUAUAUGUACUGAGAUGUAUGUAACUGAAGCAAAACAGAAUAAUACCUACCCUGAUGUAUAAUACAUUCUGACAAUUUUCAGUUCAUGUUCAUAGUUUUAAAAUCUUGGUCAUGAUCUAUGAGAUUGAGUUCUGAUGAAUCAUAUUCUGCACUUGAAAAAAAAACUGCCUGGUGUAAAGCUUUCCAGAACCUUUCCACCUUACAGUCUUGUGUUGCUUUUUCGCUAUCCUGGCUGACUGGUAUGCACACAGUUUUACUGAAGAGGUCAAGGGCUCCUGGAAGUGAACUGUGCAAUGUCCCAAUCAGGUACCCUUGAGUUGUAGCUGGAACUCUGCAGAACAGUGUUCUCUCUGGGUGGCAAACACCACAGAGGACCUGAAGAGGGGCACAAGGACCCGGCCCCCCCUCCCCCUAGGGGAGGAAAAAGCCUUGGGACAACAUGGCUCGGUGCCUCUGGCCAACCAGAGCCACCAUACUCAGAUCCACCCUCUUCCAGGUGAUUGGCCCUGGGGUGGGGGUCCUCUCCGGGCAGUUCAUCCCACUUGGUCCUGGGGGCGUGGCUUCUGACACAAGGCCUGGAACGGCUUUGUUCCAGUUACCAGGUCAUUUCUUCCCUGGCUCUCGGCUGAGGUGGUUCUUGGAAGGCUGUCCCACCUGCUCCUUGACAUGGCUUUCAGGGAAGGACCCAGGGCCUGGAAGAAAAUCUUCCGGCAGCUGAUCCUACUUGCACUUGGCAUCUUAGGGCUGCUCCGGUUCGGGCUUCCUGUACUCAGGCAUCUGGAAGUCCUCCUUCCUAUGGGUGUCUGCCCUCUGGCCAGAAUGCCCCUGCUUAGAGACAACUUCUCGGGUCCCCUGGAUCCUGGGGCCCAGCCUGAAGUCUUAACCUGUACUUCCUGGGGGGCUCCCAUUAUUUGGGAUGGCACCUUCGACCCAGACGUGGCCCAGCAAGAGGCUGUGCAGCGGAACCUCACCGUGGGUCUGACUGUCUUUGCUGUAGGCAGGUACCUGGAGAAGUACCUGGAGCGCUUCCUGGAGACGGCAGAGCAGCACUUCAUGGUGGGCCAGCGCGUGGUGUAUUACGUGUUCACCGAGCGUCCGGCCGCGGUGCCCCGCGUGCCGCUGGGCCCGGGCCGCCGGCUGCGCGUGGAGCGCGUGGCACGCGAGCGCCGCUGGCAGGACUUGUCCAUGGCGCGCAUGCGGCUGCAAGCGGCGCUGGGCGGCCGUCUGGGCCGCGAGGCGCGCUUCGUGCUCUGCAUCGACGUGGACCAGCACUUCAGCGGCGCCUUCGGGCCCGAGGCGCUGGCCGAGUCGGUGGCGCAGCUGCACGCCUGGCACUACCGCUGGCCCCGGCGGCUGCUGCCCUUCGAGCGCGACGCGCGCUCGGCCGCCGCGCUGGGCCCCGGGGAGGGCGACUUCUACUACCACGCGGCCGUGUUCGGGGGCAGCGUGGCGGCCCUGCGGCGGCUGACGGCGCACUGCGCGCGGGGCCUGCGGCGGGACCGCGCGCGCGGCCUGGAGGCCCGCUGGCACGACGAGAGCCACCUCAACAAGUUCUUCUGGCUGCACAAGCCCGCCAAGCUGCUGUCGCCCGAGUUCUGCUGGAGCCCCGAGAUAGGCCGCCGGGCCGAGAUCCGCCGCCCGCGCCUGCUCCGGGCGCCCAAGGAGUAUGCUUUGCUGCGUAGCUAGCGGUGCCCUGGGCCCCGGAGGUCCCAGAUGCCGGCGGGGCCCCUUCUGGAAGGGGUGUGGAGCUGGAGGGAACAGAAAGACUGCAUGAAAACCUGCCUGGCUGCGGGGAUGGGGGGCGGGGGAUUGGAGGAGGCCUGGCCUUGGGCAAGUGCCUCUCCGAGGCGGGCGGUCCAUCCUUUCCCCAACUUUGUACAGCAACCCAGGCACCACCAGCUGCCUGGAAACUUUUCACUUCUGACCUUAUUGAGUUCAGCAGAGGCCCCACUCCCGAAGAGAUGUUUUAGCCCCUUCCUCAUAACCCCCACUUAAAAAAAAAAAAAGUGGGACUGAGGCCCAAAAAGGGAACGUAACUGUCUAAGGACCCAGAGCAUCUGUGAGUCAGUCAGUGAGGUCAGCAGCUGGAAAGUCAGGACGGGCCCGCAGGCCAAAUAGCUGCCGCUGGGCAGGAGCCCCAGAUGGAGAAACACAGUGGCAUCCGGUUCACCUCCCCCGCUCUCCGCAUGGUUUGUACAUAUUUAAGCAAUACAAUAA